AUAUCCGGACAAUAGUAAAUCUCCCAAAAUAUUUUACCUCUCACCAACUUUGGGGUCGAUGUUCCAUUGACAAGACAUCAUUGGAACAGGCUCAUAAAGUUGCGUCUUGCAAACGCUAAGCCUUCUAGCUAAAACGCUCUCUCCUGGGAAGAAGAACAAGGCAUUCACUUCUGUAGAAGCAACGCGAUUCUUAACUCUGUAAAGAACUGCUGUUGCCCGAACCGAUGGAUGAUCCUGAGUUAGAAGCGAUUCGCCAGAGAAGAAUGCAGGAGCUCAUGGCUCAACGUGGCAUGGGAAAUCAGCAAGGCUCUGAACAGCAAAAGGCUCAGGAGGAGGCAAAGAGGGAUGCAGAGGAAAGAAGGCAAAUGAUGCUUAGUCAGAUUUUAUCCACAGAAGCCCGAGAAAGACUUGCCCGCAUUGCUUUAGUUAAACCUGAAAAGGCAAGGGGCGUUGAAGAUGUUAUAUUGAGAGCUGCACAAAUGGGUCAAAUAGUUGAGAAGGUUUCUGAAGAGAAGCUUAUUUCAUUGCUGGAACAGAUUAACAAUCAAACAACUAAGCAGACAAAAGUCACAAUCCAGAGGCGGAGGAGUGUUCUAGAGGAUGAUGAUUAACUCAGAUAUGUAUCCUGUGUUUUACGAUGACGCAGUGCUGUUUUUGUUUCUUAUUAUAUUUGGACAAAUACUUUGAUGGUGGUGAUCUAUUUAAUUGAAUUCCUGCGUGGCUUUGUAGUUCCGAAA